AUGUACUCCACAUCGCCGUCRUCGUCGUCCAUGGCCUCGUCUUCGGGCCGCUCGUCUCCCGAGCAGUCGGCACCUCAGCCAGCAUCGCAGCCGCAACGCAGCAACUCGUUCCUGCUGCCGCAGUUCUUCUUCGGCUCCUCCGCCAACCAGACCUCCUCAUCCAACACCGACACGACACCGCACCCGGUCACCAAUGCACUUCUCUCGCAGCCGCCGCGACGCACAUCGUUUGGCGCCGGCUUUAGCAAUGGCGGCCGCCUCUCGGCGCUGAGCGCGUUUGGUUUCAUGUCCUCCCCGAGCUCGGCUUUAACGUCUUCGGCACUUAGCAGCUCGCCCCCGCCGUCACUGGCAGGCGCUGCUGCGCUGUCGCGUCAGUCUGGCAGCGCCAUCGAGUCACCCACUUCGGAAGUCGCACCUUCGGCACCUCCGGCCACCAAGCCUGCACCGGUAAAGCGACACCACUGCUUCCCCGACGGCAUGGGCGGAACAAUGUGUGUCGAGGUCAAGGACAGGAAUCGCCGUGGCUCCUCGAUCAAUUAG